AUGGAACAAUUUAUUGUAGAAAAAUGGUGGACAAUGACAAUUCAUUCUGGAAAACCAGAAAGACCACCAGUUCCAAAAGGUAGCCGUUUUUCUCUUCAGCAGAUUCAAGCCGUUGAUGAAAAAUCCGAUAAAAUUUUAGUAGAAAUGCUUACAGAAAUUAUUAGAAUGGACAAGAUAGAUGAUGAAACAGAUACAACAGUUACAGAUGUUGCUGAAACUAACAUCGCAAUUCUUUAUCCAAAGAAGAAAUCAACUUAUUCCACUACUCUUAUUUUCAGCGAAGUCAAUGAUGUCCUUUUCGGUUGCGACGGAGGUGAUGUUGUUCUUAGCGGUGUUUAUGAUGAUACAGCAUUAAAUGAGGAAAUGGCCCAAAUGGAAGAAGAGGAAGCUCACGAAAAGUAA